GACAACCUGCUUGACUUGUUGAGACAACAUUGACCAUGGCUUCAAUUCUCCCCCAGACCGCUUUCCGCGCCCUUAGGGCCCUUCCCCGGGUUGCCUCUGUCCCCCGGACCACUGUCCGCCCCGGUAUCUGGACGCAGCUGCCCCGCGCACCGCAGCCCCUCACCCGCCGUUUCGUCUCCAACAUCCCCCAGGAGCAGCCUCGCUUGCGUCUGGGAGCUACUGCCCCCAACUUCACGGCCCAGACCACCCACGGCAACAUUGACUUCCACCAGUUCAUCGGAGACAGCUGGGCCAUCCUCUUCUCCCACCCUGCCGACUUUACCCCCGUCUGCACCACCGAGCUGGGUGCUUUUGCCAAGUUGAAGGAUGAGUUUGAGAAGCGCAACGUCAAGAUGAUUGGUCUGAGUGCCAACGACCUCAGCUCCCACGGUGAAUGGGUCAAGGACAUCAACGAGGUCUCCAGCACCAACCUCCAGUUCCCCAUCAUCGCCGAUGCUGAACGCAAGGUGGCCUUCCUCUACGACAUGAUUGACCAGCGGGAUCUGGACAACAUUGCCGAGAAGGGCAUUCCCUUCACCAUCCGGUCGGUCUUCAUCAUCGACCCGAGCAAGAAGAUCCGUCUGACCAUGAUGUACCCGGCCUCGACCGGCCGUAACUCGGCUGAGGUCCUGCGUGUGAUCGACUCGCUGCAGACGGGUGAUAAGAAGGGCGUUGUGACCCCGAUUGACUGGCAGGCUGGUGACGAUGUCAUCGUCCCUCCGUCUAUUUCCACCACCGAUGCGGAGAAGAAGUUUGGCAACGUCCGCGAGCUCAAGCCGUACCUGCGCUUCACCAAGGCUUAAUGCAGAAGCUACUGUAAG